CACCUCGGAGACCGAGAGCGCAGAGCGCCCCGCGUGCGCUCAGAGCAGCCAGAAGAAUCCUUCGGGCCUGCCCGCCGCAAAAUCCAACAUGAAAAUCCUCGUGGCCUUGGCCGUCUUUUUUCUCAUCUCCACUCAACUGUUCGCAGAAGAAAUCGGAGAUAACGAUGAUCUGAAUUAUUGGUCCGACUGGUCCGACAGCGACCAGAUCAAGGAGGAGCUGCCCGAGCCCUUUGAGCAUCUUCUGCAGAGAAUCGCCCGGAGACCCAAGCCUCAGCAGUUCUUCGGAUUAAUGGGCAAACGGGAUGCUGAUUCCUCAAUUGAAAAACAAGUGGCCCUGUUAAAGGCUCUUUAUGGGCAUGGCCAGAUCUCUCAUAAAAGGCAUAAAACAGAUUCCUUUGUUGGACUAAUGGGCAAAAGAGCUUUAAAUUCUGUGGCUUACGAAAGGCGUGCGAUGCAGGAUUAUGAAAGAAGACGUAAAUAAACCAGCUAAUGUGUAAUUUAUUGAGCUUCAUUUGUGUCAGUGGCCAGUGAAAGGUAAAAUGAGACAUGCACUAUGAGGAAUAAUUAUUUAAUAACAAUUGUUUUGAGUUGAAAACUCAAAAACUGUUUUUCAUAUCGUGCCAAUAUGUGUUGUGAAAGUGUGUUAGAAUUCUAAUAGGACUCCCUCAGACAUAGAAGCCAGUGGUAAUUUCUCAACAAGGCACAGUGUUCAAUGAAAGUGAAAUACAGUCUUCAAAGAAAGAAGUCAUUUUUGUUCCUUGGAAGCAGUCACGUCAGCCACUGCUAAAGGAAAGGAAACUCACAGACAGGCUUGUGCUUCAUCUGUUUUCGUGGUGGAAAUGUACUAAGAUUUGGUAUAAAACUGUACCCCUGCAGCAUGUUUCAUGUGUUGUGACUAUAUAGAGAUGUUUUUAAAGUUUUAAUGUGAUUCUAAGGUCUUCACUUCAUUGUAUAAUGCGUUGUGAGUUAACAUUUUAAAUAAAAGAAAAAUUACCUUGAA